CACCUCGAUGGUGACGUCACUCUAUCUGCCCGGGGAACAAUCAGAGGCAGCGCGAGGCGAGCCCCGCUUGAAUGGAUUUUGUCGGUGAAUAACUUUGCUGCUGGUUUCUUUUCAUUAGCCCACUUUUCACAUUUACAACCGUUUUGUUGUUAUAUCCAACAGUCACUUAAAUGUGUCUGAAACACUAAAUGCAACUGGGAAAAGUCUGUUAGCAACAAUCCCCUGAGGUCUGUUUGUCUGUGCGGCUUAACUUUUGCAAAGUGGGACUUUUGGGAUCAGCUGAAAUCUGAAUGGACUAAUAUGAAGAGCCUGAAGGCAAAGUUUAGGAAGAGUGAUACCCAUGAAUGGAACAAGAAUGAUGAGCGACUCCUCAGUGCAGUGGAGCAUGGGGAGGCUGACAAAGUCACUUCCCUCCUCUCGAAGAAAGGAGCCUGUCCAACUAAGUUUGACAGCGAAGGCAAAUCUGCUCUACAUGUUGCCGCUGCUCGAGGUCAAGCCGAGUGUCUCGCAGUCAUUCUUGCUCACGGAGCUGAUGUUUCUCUGCAGGAUGCUUCAGGUUUUACUGCUUUACACCAUGCUGCCAAAAACAACCAUCCUGAGUGUGCCAAAAAGUUGAUGCAGAGUAAGUGUGCGGUGGAUGCUGUGGACAAUUUGGGGUGGUCGGCUCUUCAUCACACAGCUGCCAACGGAAACGUCGCGAUAGUUCAACUUCUGUGUGAGCACAAGUGUCACGUCAAUCUCAAGGACUUGGAUGGAGUCACACCCCUGCUUCUGUCGGCCAGAAAUGCAAACGCAGAGGUCUGCCAGUGCUUGGUCAACUGGGGAGCUGAUGUUAAUGCCACUGACAAAAAUGGCAGAACGGCAGUGAUGUUGGCCAGCGAGAGCAGCUGUCCUGCUGCUGUCGAGCUGCUUGUGCACAGCGGAGCUGACCUGCAGAUGGUGGACUCACUGGGCCAUGACGUGCUGUAUUACGCUAAACUGGCAGGAAGCAGCGAGGUGCAAAACACCAUCAGCAUGACCCUCCAAAGACAGCAGUCUGAGUCAGAUACGAACAGCCCUAAAAGCCCUCAGCAUGGUCAAAUGGCUAAGUUAAAUGAGGACAGAAGCUCCACCCCCAAAAAGAGAAAAGCCCCUCCUCCUCCCAUUAGCCCAAACCAGUCGUCUGGCAUUCUCUCUCCACCUUAUUUUACUCCAACUUCAACUCCUUUGUCAAGUAAAAGUGAUUCAUCCAGGAGGUUCAAUUAUAAGGAGGAGGAGCUAAAGAAUGCUGAACUGAAAGAAGAGAUCGAAAAACUGCACGAGGAAAAGAGCAUGCUGCUCGAGACCAUCGAAGAUCUAAAGCAGAUUGUGGAGCAGACUGAGCCCAGGACACAGCACGCAGGAAACGCAGAUGCAACGUUGAUCACAGCCCUUCAGGCAAAGAUAAACUCUCUCUCCCUGGAAAACCAGCAGCUCGCCCAAAUAAUAAAGAAACGUCCAGCUCCACAAGGACAAGAAGGCCAGGAAGGAUCCCGUCCAAACAGCUUCGAAUCCAAUGCCUCAUACCACUCCACCCGUGCUGAUUUUGAGCUCUCCAGCGACGCGCACAUUCAUGCAGGUGAUGAUGAGGAUGAGGUUUCUGCUGUGAAGCCCAGCGGAUCCUCAAUCACACACGAGGUAGAUGAGACUGCAAAGACGAACACUGAUGAAGAAAUAAGACUGCUACGGGAAGCACUGGAGAACCUGCAGGGCAAACUUCUGGAGUCCAAAACCGAGAACCGUUCCCUUCAGGCCAGACUCAACACAGACUCUCAGACAGAGAAAACCGAAGCUGCGUCAAAAGGCAUGACUGAACUACAACGUGGCCAACAAGAAGCUUUGCAGUCGGUGAGAGAAGAUACAACAAAUGGACAGGAAGACAAUGUGCUGCAGAAGUUUCAGUAUUUAAAAGGCUGCCUGGAGCAAGAGGUGAAAGAACUGAAAGUAAAAUUGCUCAAGUCACAGGAGGAACAAAAGCGCGAUGCUUGUUUGAUACAAGAGCUUCAGGCUCAGAUCCAGAGAAGUCAUUUGUCCGAAGAUGAGAGUCUUAAAAUAAAAAAUACCUAUAAUACUUUAGUGGAGAAUAUGAACCAAGAAAAGACACUAUUGAUUGAAAAGUACAAAGAGGCUCAAGAGGAGAUCAAGAUGCUCCAUGAGGCUCUCCGAGGCACUGUGCCCGUCGAAGCCGCCGCCAAGGACUUCGAGGAGAUGAAGGCAGAGCUCGGUGAGAUUAUUGAUGGGUUGCAGAGGCGACUUUUGGAGCUUUCGAAAUCAUACAGCGAGGCCAAAAGUGAGCUCAGCACUGCCCGCAACCAGCUGCAGGCCAAACCAUUGCAGCCUGUGGACGAGCCUGGCGUCGCUUGUGUCACCAAGGAGGAGCAUGAGCAGAAAAUUCAACAGCUGACAUUCAAGAUGAAGGACGUGCAGAAUAUUUCAAAGGACACCGAGGCAAAGCUCCAAGCGGCACUUAAAGAAAUUGCCCAGCUUAAGCGAGACGCUGAAAACCAGGCACAGUCAACCGUAGCCAUUGCGGACCACACCCAGGUCGUCGCAUCCCUGGGAAACGCCAUCAAGAACCUAGAGUCUGAAGUUGAAGUUCUUCAACAGCAGCUUGUCCAGAAAAACUCGCAGGUGGUGGAUUUGCAAAAUAGGGCGACGGCUGAGAAGAAUGUCGCUAGAGAUACGUUAUCCCGACUGGAAUACGAGCAGAUGAGGGAGAAACUGGAGAGGGAGAUAAGUGACCUCAACCGCAUGCUAAAAGAUGCUCUUAGGAAACAAGAUGAGAUGGCAUUGGAGGUGACCACAGCUUGGCAGGAGGUGAAGAAAAGCAAGAAUGAAAAAGAAGCGGCACAGGAGCUGGCUGUCGGCAGAGAACAGGAAUGUAGUGUCUUACACAACAGGUGCAGAGAGGCUCAAGAUAUUAUAGUUCAGAUGAAGAAACAAGUGGAGAACCAUGUGGUCUCCGAGAGAGAGAAAAAUAAAAAGAUUGAUGAGCUUUCAAAGGAGGUUCUCAAGUUGAAGGAAGCUCUAAACAGCCUUUCACAGCUGUCAUACACCACUAGCACCCCUAAGAGACAACAGAGCCAACAGGUGGAUUCACUCCAACAGCAGAUCAAACAACUACAGUAUCAACUUGCUGAGUCCAAGAAACGUCAUCAUGAAAUCGUUUCUGUCUAUCGAAUGCAUUUACUCUAUGCUGUCCAGGGUCAGAUGGAUGAAGAUGUGCAAAAGGCACUGAAACAGAUACUUGUAAUGUGCAAAAUGCCAGCAGAGGCCAAGUAAAGGAGUGAAUAACUGGGAUCUAAGGAAGUUCGAGUCAAGGAUUCAUCUUUCAAAGCGACACAUUUUUAUGCAGUGCAAUUGUAAUUGACAUUGGUCUGUUCCAGGUAUUUUGGAUAAAUAUUGUAAAACAAAUCCUUGGUCAUACACAAAGAAACACAGUCCGUCUGAAAUCUGUUUUGAAACAGUGCUAUUUUUGUAUGCGGUCAAAAAAUAUGAUCAGUAUUUGAUUAUGCUACAAUGUAGCCAAAUUUAUUUUGUUAGUUCCACCGAGUUAUUAUGCCAGUCAAAGAAAUGAAUACACAAUUCAUCCUGUGUCAGUAUAAGGCAAAUAAUGACCGUGCACCCAUAACGACUGUUUACUUAAAUGCACCUGCAGUGGAUUCUUAAAGUAUCUAGAUGCUGUGAAGAGGUCGAUGUUUGUUUUAGGACAUUGUGACCUUUUGUUUUUAAACUCCACUGUUUCACGCUAUAGGCUUUGACAAAUGCACUUUCUUUAGAUCAGCCUUUGUCGAUUACAGCAUUUACCUGCCAUAUUCUGGACACCUGCUGGGUUGUGUUCAUGUGCCUUGAAGUACGUAGGAUUUAAAGCUGCACUACAGUAUAUUUCUUUUGCAUUAUAAUUGAAAGAACCAGAUUACUGCACAGUAUAGUAAAAAAUAUGAGUUGUGAGGUUGUAUUUGCUUAUUCCGUCACAGCACAUACUGUAAACAAUUAGUGCACUUACUUUAGUAGUAGUCUAAACAACACUUUUAUAGAUGGCAUAAAACCUCAGCACUACAGUGUAGUUGUGGUUUUGCAACACAUACGAUAUUGAAAAAUAUGAGAUGGUGCUUUACUAAGUAUUUAAUGUGAAAAUAAAAAAUUAAAUGUACUGUUUUAUGCUAAACACUCCCCUAAAUCAGAAGGUACACAAUUAUGUCCCAUAAAUAGGAUUUCUGAGAGUAAAAAGCAUGCCUUCUCAGUAUUAGGAUAUAUUCAGUAGCCAUGUGACUCACUUGUUCAUUAAGUGUGUUACUUUUUAAUUUACACAUUGUGUGAAAGCACUCCCUCUAACAAACACACUAAGUGCCAAUUUAAGUGCGCAUUUGUUAUGAUUUACAGAUUAGAGAGACACUAGAUUGGAGAAUAAAAAAGAGAUGAAACACCCAAAACAUGCUUAAUGUCUUGAGAUAAUAAAUACAAAAAAAUGCUGCCUGCUCCAUAAUAGUUUCUGUACAUCCUGAGCUAAAACUUUCUCAUCAGUUCAUAGUUAGAUAUUUUGUUUGUUUGUUUUGUUGUAUUUUUUGUGUUUUCUAUGUAUGUAUUUGUUAUUAAGUCACACAUUAAAUUGUUGGCCAAGUAUUUUUGCUUAGUAAUUAAAGUUGUUAUUAAUUGGU